AUGCGCAUUGCUUACGUUGAGGCAAGUCUUGAGGGUCUAAGUCAGGCUGACCUGGCGGUGGCGAAUCGUAUUCGCGCCCGCCGCGCUCCAUCACCUUUGCAAGCUCUGGAUCUGACCCUGCUACAUUCUCCAACGGUUGCCAAUGGGUGGAACUCAUUCCUUGGCUCCAUCCGCAACGAGACAACUCUGCCCGCAGCUAUCCGCGAGAUACUUAUCUGCCGCGUCGCGGUAAUUAAUGGUGCACGGUAUGAAUGGGAUGACCAUGCUCCCCUGGCCAUACAGGCUGGCUUAUCGAUUGAAGCAAUGGACCUGCUGAAGAGGAGAGAUCUUGAGAAUGUGGACAGGGCUCAGCGAGUGCGUGCUGGUCUGGCAGACAAAGACUGGGCAGCAUUGCUCUUAGCAGAUGAGAUGACACAAAACGUAAAGGUUCGCCGAGAGACAUUUUCCGAAUUGCAGAAGCACUUCGGGGAAAGGGAACUUGUCGAAAUUAUUGCGACGAUCAGUUGUUACAAUUGUGUCAGUCGAUUCAUUGUUGCAUUGGAUAUUGGUGAGAAGAACGAUGAAGGGUUUGAUGUUUCCCAAGACUGUUUCGCAGCAGACAGUCCGCAGACCGCAUGUUAUUAGGG